AUGAAGUCUCUCCGGUUCAUUAGUGCUGAAGCAUUUGUGUCAAAUGCAGAGUUUGCCAGGAAGAGUCUCGGCAGUGUUGCCCAUAAUCUUUUUCCUCUUCUUUUUAAAGCCAGCUAUUUACUGGAGCAAGGGGAAGUGAUUCAUGACUUGGUAGAGAACUGGCCACUUGUUGACUUUAACAUGGGAAAACUUUUGGGAACUACUGUGGACUACCAGGAAGACCUGAGCCAUAGAACAUGCUCAGUGUGCUUGGAAAGCUGUCUGACAGGGCUGAGAGACUACGUGCUGAAUCACCCUUCUCCCUACAUGAAAAGGUUGAAAGUGGUUGACCUGACGGGUAUAAAAGAUGUUGAAGUUCAGUUUUGUGAGUGUAAGAAGACAAUGGGAAGGUGGGCCAGGACACAGCUGCUCUCUAAGCUUUGUUUAGAACUGCUGGUUUACCUGCAACAAACACAGUGCAGUCCAGGUACCUUUGAAAUCAGUAUUGAUGUGCUAAUUGACUUGUACGUUACAGAGCGGAACUAUGAGCUGGUAGUGCAGGCCCUGCUGAAGAAAUGUUAUUGUCCACUGAAGAUUUGCUGUGUGGCAUUCAGAUCUGACAACCUGGCUUUGCAGAAAUUCUUCUAUAUCGUAAAGCUUGCUGAUCCCUCUUUGUUGCGCAAACUGGAAAUAGUUCACAAUGUUCGCUUGGAAAUGGAACACUUGGAAAUACUCUUCAGCAGUAUCCACUUCCCUCUGUUGAUGUCCUUGACCUUGCCAGCACGAACAUUUAAUGUGCGGAGGUUCACAGCUACAGAUGAACAAAUGCUUACUAACAUUGGAGAAAAGAUGAGUGAAAUGACGCAGCUGACCGAACUCAGUGUAUCAUUUUCUAUACUCACAGGAAGAAUACAGAAACUGCUCAGCCCACUAAAAACUCCGCUGAAGAUGCUGGAUGUUUCUAACUGCUCAUUGAACCACGCUGAUAUGGCCUAUUUAGCCAAUAGCUUCCAUGCUAAUCACUUAGAAGCCCUGGACCUGAGUGGUCACAAUAUACCUGACCUUUAUCCAUCAAUAUUCUUUAAGCUUCUUAGUCAUUCCUCUUCAGUGCUCAGGAGUCUUACCUUGGAGGACUGUAACAUCCAAGACACUCAUGUAAACAUGUUGAUUUUAGCUUUAAGCCCUUGUCAGAAACUACAGGAGUUUAAGUUUAUUGGAAACCCACUGUCAUCCCAAGCACUUAAACACCUUUUCACAUUUCUCUGUGAGUUGCCAAUGCUGAAAAAUGUGGAGUUCCCAGUUCCAAGGGACUGCUACCCUAUUGGCAUCACCUACCCAAUAGAUGAUGCCAGUCUCUGCAGAUUUGAUCACCAAAAAUAUGAAAGUGUAGCAGAGGAGCUUAACCUCAUUUUACUCCAAGCAAAUAGGGAGGAUGUGAAGGCUUCAACUCCACUCUUUGGCAGUUAUGAUGCAGCUGUGCAGGAGACAAACAAUGAACUGGGAGCUUAUUUGAUCAAAUCCUUCAAGGAGACUUUAGAAAAGUUCACUACUUCUCUUAACAAAAUGAGUUAA